UGAAGUUGUGUAUUGUUUUGUUUGCUUUAUUUGCUGUUGGGUUGUCCCUUGACCCAAACUGCCUGAGAGCAUGUCCUAUGAUUUACAUGCCAGUAUGUGGCAGUGAUGGAAAAACAUAUUCAAACAAAUGUGUGAUGGGAUCAGCAUCUUGUGAGAUGAAAACAGAACUUACAGUAGUAAGCAGCGGUCCUUGUGUUGUUGCCACGACACCUGCUCCAACACAAGCCCCUAAGAUAGACACACAGUGCCUCCGAGCUUGUCCAUUCAUUUAUUUCCCUAUCUGCGGAAGUGAUGGAAGAACAUAUGGUAAUACUUGUGAAAUGGAAGCAGCUGCUUGCAUGGCAAAGACUACAUUGACAAUGGUAAAACAAGGUCCAUGUCCAUAAACAAUAAACUGAUAUAGAUUUACUAUUUAUU